AUGAAGAUGGAGUGCCCGGCGAGAGUAGUAAUUACUGCCAGACGUGCAAGGCAAGAGCUGGAGGUCACCUGUGUCGUGCUGGAGCACAAUCACGAGACCACUUGCGACAUGUUGUCUUCCUAUCCGGCGUGCAGGAAGCUGAACGACCACGAGGCCAAAGUUUUGCAACCGCUCCUUGAGUUGAACGUGCGGCCCAGCCUCAUCGUACAGAAACUCAAGAGAGACACAGGUCCUCAGGUUCUGCUUGCCACGUUGAGCAACCUAAAGCUGACCAGCCAAACGGCAGAGCUCACACCUCUCUGCUUUCACAAGCCCCUUCACCACUACCACAAGAACCUGCAACAGCACCACGAGCCCCUUCACCACUACCAAAAGAACCUUCCCCAGCACCACGAGCCCCUUCACCACUACCACGAGAACCUUCCACAGCACCAUGAACCCCUUCACCACUACCAAAAUAACCUUCCACAGCACCACGAGCCCCUUCACCACUACCACGAGAACCUUCCACAGCACCACGAGAACCUUCCCCGCUACCACACGACCCUUCCAUGGUACCACAACCUCCCUCCACGCCAAGACAAGAACCUUCCACACUGCAAGAUCCUUUCAGCCCCUCUGUUUCAAACCCAAGACCACCACAGCUCAGACUUCCACUUGUGA